UCUUAUUUUGUCCGUGUUGACUAUUGUAAAAAAGGUCAUCAAAGAGAUACCGCAGAAGAAUGGCGUUGUAACAUAUGUGGCAAGUUUAAUCCUGGUAGUCGUCGUCUUUGUUUUGAGUGUAAAAGAUCUUAUCAAAGUAAAGCUCGUUUUUUUCUUUUUGCAGUUUUAAUGUUAUGUAGAUUGCAUUUGUUCGUCCGCUGCUUACACUCAACACAUGUGUUUAGGUGAGGCAUCUGAAAAAAGAUUGCAAGAAACAAGCACGACAGAAAUCAAUGAUGGCACAAGAGAUAUAUCGGCUGUUCCCAGUCGUUUUUUACUUUUACGCCAGUUGGACCACUUAACAACAGAAGAAUCUAUUUACAGCGCAGUACAAACUUUACAGGGUGUUUACCGAACUAUUCUCAUCAGAGACAAACUUACAAAGAUGUCUUGUGAAUUUGCUUUUGUAGAAUUUUUUGAUGUUCAGUCAGCAUCUUUAGCUUUGGACUAUGCUACACAGUCAUUAACGAUAGACGGACGCAAGGUCUCAGCCUCAUUUGCUACUGAAGAAAGCUUUAUACCCGUUUAUGGCGAGACAGAAUGGACAAUAACGUCCGUCAAUCCUCUGGAAGGUUUAAAGGCUUAUUGGGACAAAGCAUUGUACGGUACCGAAUAUUCAAAAGCGAUUGAAGACGAAAGACGGCAGAAAGAAGAGGAACAAAAGCAGGCAAAAGAACGAGAGGAAGAGUUGAAAAGGAAAGAAGCGGAAGCCAAGAGCAAGAAGAACACGCUUGAGGACGACCUGAACGAUUUCUAUGCUAGUAUGGGCGAUUUUGAUACCGACAGCACCAGUAAAUCAGACAUAUUUUCUGUUCCCAAGUCCUAUUAAUUCUAUCUGCAGUCACAACUGCAUGUGCUUUAAAAAGAAUACAGUGAAAUGAAAUAAAACACUGGGUUGCCAAGCUUUAUACUGCAAAAUAAACUGAGAAGCAACA